AUGUUCGCUCUUGUUUCACUUCUCCUGGCUUCAUUCUUGGCUCCAGAAGUCUCCGCUGUUAUCGGUGUCCCACGUCUCAACUGUGCCACUAUCACCAAGUCUCAAUGCGACUCCGUCACCUGGAGAACCAUCAUCGCCACCGAUUGCCCAUCCGCCUGCGGGUUCUGUAACCAAGGAGGAUGCGUCGACGCGGUCACGAACUGUGCCAACGAUCUCUCCAUCUGUCAAACUGUCGGCAUGCAAGACUUCGUGAACAGCUACUGUCAAAGAACCUGUGGAAGAUGUCCAUCCACCACGGCUGCUUCUGGAACCGUCACCUCUACUGGAUCUUCCGGAACCUGCACAUCUUACACCGCCGACACCACCACCCAAUGCACCGCCUGGGCUGCCAAUGGAUUCUGCACCAACACCUUCUACACCGCCGCUCAACGCAAGGCCAGAUGUGCUACCACUUGCAAGCUUUGCUAA